GGCCCGGCGCCGCUGGAGGCGGAGGAGGACGAGGAGCACUGGCUGUACGGCGAUGACACUACCGGUAAACAAGAAGAUGGACCAAUUGCUGGACAUGUAGAAUCGUCUCAUCCUUUGCAAGAUGCUCCUCAGGAGGGCCAGCCUGUUACCAGUGAAGACCGAGAGAUGUCACAAGUCCCUCCUAGUGGUGAAGAUGAUGAAGAUGACAGUGAUAGCGACAGUGAUGAUGAUGAUGUGAAAGUUACGAUUGGCAACAUUAAAACAGGAGCACCAUCAUACAUGGGGACCCCAAUGAAUCUAAACUUAAAAACAGGUAGAGGCUAUGGAACAUCCUCUUCAGCCAAGUUGCAGCCCAAAGGUAUUGAUCUAGAUGCCACAGGAAAUAUAAAUGGAUUACCUGUAAUAGAAGUGGAUUUAGAUUCAUUUGAAGACAAACCGUGGAGGAAACCAGGUGCUGAUCUUUCAGAUUACUUUAAUUAUGGGUUCAAUGAAGAAACAUGGAAAGCUUAUUGUGAAAAGCAGCGACGACUUCAGCUUGGACUGGACCCCUCUCCACCUAUCAGCAGCGAGAAUAAGAUCACAGUUCAGCAAGGAAGGACAGGAAAUGCAGAGAAAGAACCAGAGAACAAUAUUAUCAAAACAGAAUUCAAAACUGAUUUUGUGACUCUGGUGGGAGGGCGCAUGAAGGCAGGGCCUCCACCUAAUAGGAAGCUGGGUGGGACAAUUGAUGUGAUUGGUGGACAGGCAGGCACUAUUAGGCGGGUAGAAGGAAGACGCCGCGAUAAACACGCCUCUGAGGAAAAUCCCAUUCAGGUUCUUGGAGAUCAUGGAAAUAAGCCACAACCCCCACAGCAGCCCCAACAACCAUCACAGCCCCAGCAACCACCUCAGCAACAGCCGUUUGCACCACCAGCAGGUCCUCCACCUCCCCCAAUUGCUGGGCCACCUCCACCACACUUCCUCCACCCUCCCCCUCCAGUUACUUCUGUCCCACCUCCCCUGCAUCCUCCAGGCUUGCCGCCACCAGGUCCCAUUCCAGGGCUGUUCCCUCCACCUCUGGCUCCUCCACCAGCUCUCCUCAUUCCAACACUCGAUGGCCAGCCUGCUGGCUACAGUAACAGGCAGCCACCACCAUUUGGAUACAGCUCAGCAGAUUCUGGUUUCAUCAGCUACCCUCCUAUCUCUACGUCUCACACGCCCUGGGUGACGACAGUGGAUAAGGGCACGAGCAGCUCCAGCAGCAGCCACUGGGAGUCCUCUGGCUCAAGGCGCGGGAGAGAGGGGGAGCGGGAAAGGGAA